ACCUUCACCAUGGCUGUCAACUCAAACGAGCUGCGGCAAAGAAAAGCUUCUGGACAAAACGGCACUCAAAACGGCACUACAACGGAUGAAGGUCGCAAACAAGAUGAACUCCUAGAUAAACACCAAAGCUACGAAUUUGGUGGGCCAUGGGGUGUCACAGCUAUGAUGACGGGCUUUCCAAUGCUCAUGUACUACCUCUGGAUCUGUCUCUGGUUCUAUGAUGGCAAACUCGUAGCUCCAACGUCCACAGAUGACAUUGUUCCAUUCCUUUGGAGGAUGUGGGCUCAUGUUCGCGAUGAUGCUAGUCCCAACGCAUACGCGUGGAAAGUCUAUACCGGUCUCGUUGUAUACCAACUCUUCCUAGCUUUGGUCAUGCCUGGCUUCAAGCAGGAGGGUCUUCCCGUUCCUUCAUUGACAUACAAAACCCUCACGUACAACUGCAAUGCUCUCUACUCGCUUUACGCCACCAUGAUUACUGCCGCUGGUCUCCAUUACUACCAUAUCUUCCGUCUCACCGAGAUCAUCGACAACUACGGCCACAUUAUGUCUGUCGCUAUGAUUUAUGGCUUCGCAGUCUCUUUUGGCAUGUACUUCAUCACGGUUGCUACUGGUUCGCAGAUGCGGAUGUCAGGCAACUUCAUGUACGAUGUCUUUAUGGGUGCUUGUCUAAACCCCCGAAUUGGGUCUGUUGACCUCAAGAUGUGGGCUGAGGUUCGCAUACCUUGGGUUAUCGUGUUUUUCUUGGCAGUAUCAGGCGGCUGCCACCAAUACGAACAAUAUGGUUACGUAACUCCUAACAUGGCUUUUAUGAUUCUGGCAACAUGGUUAUACCUCAAUGCAUGCGCUAAAGGUGAAGAAUGUAUCCCACAGACUUGGGAUAUGUACCACGAAAAAUGGGGCUUCAUGGUCAUCUUCUGGAACUUUGCUGGUGUACCAUUUACAUACGUCUACUCUGUGGUCUACAUGGCAUCGCAUGACCCAUCCAAGUAUCAAUUCUCAACCCCGGUUUACGUUCUGCUCUUUUCCACACUCUUGACCGCCUACUUCAUCUGGGAUACUUCUAUGUCGCAGAAGAGUCGUUUCAAAAUGCAAACACAAGGGAUCAACACCUUCCGUAGCACUUUCCCUCAGCUACCUUUUGGCACGCUAAAGAAUCCCGAGUUUAUUCAGACUGCACAUGGCAACCGUCUUCUUGUUAGUGGCUGGUGGAGAUAUUCCCGCAAGCCCAAUUACGUGGCUGACUGGAUUAUGAGCUUUACUUGGGGUGUAGUCAUUGGCAGCGCCACUGCCAUUCCCUACUUCUACUCCGUAUUUUUCAUUACUGUUCUCAUUCAUCGUUGUGGUCGCGACUUUGAGCGCUGCUCCGUCAAGUAUGGGAAAGACUGGGAACGUUAUUGCUCUAUUGUCAAGUACAAAUUUAUACCCGGCAUUUAUUAAUCGGAGAAAUUUCAAUUAUCUGUUGUUAAUACCAAAAGCUGCUCGCAGCUAGAAUUAAUUACUCUGUGAUUGGUUUUAAUGCCAUGAUAUUUUCUAAUGGUGAUCACAAGUUGUGUCAUGGCAUGAGCCU